AUGGCCCAGCUCCAGGAAAACACCAAUGACAUCCUUUCUGCUUUCUACAUGUGCGCCAGAAGCAAUGGCAACUGCAGCCCCCUGAGCAAGGAGGAGCUGAGGCAGCUCAUUGAGCAGGAGUUCAGGGAUGCAAUGGAGAAUGCCCAGGAUCCCAAAACCAUCAAGAAGGUGUUGUGCUUCCUGGAUGAUGACAGCAACUGCAGGGUUGACUUCAGUGAGUUGCUCAGCCUGGUUUUCUGCGUGGCCAAGGCUUGUUACAAGCCGCUCCAGCAGCACCAGGAGCAGGAAGAUGGUGAAAAGCCAACAGCGCAAGAGAAAGCAGGCAAGGAGCAGCCACUGGGGUCACACACAGUGGGGAGGGUCUCCUGCAACCUGCAGAUCCCCAAGCAGGGUGUGAACAAUCAGGUUCAGGACACUAAGACACAGGACCAGGACACCCGUCAAACCCAGGAGGGUGAGACACCAAAGGAGAACCAGGACACCUGUCAAACCCAGGAGGGUGAGGCACCAAAGGAGGACCAGGACACCCGUCAAACCCAGGAGGGUGAGGCACCAAAGGAGGACCAGGACACCCGUCAAACCCAGGAGGGUGAGGCACCAAAGGAGGACCAGGACACCCGUCAAAACCAGGAGAGUGAGACACCAGAGCAGGACCAGGAUGUGUAUCAGGAUGACAGGACUGAAGCAGCAGAAGGGGAUUCAGAGAGAGGUGACAUUCUGGACACUGCAACCCCAGAGCAGGACAGAAAUACCCAUAAGGCUGAAGACCCUGAGACACCAAAGCAAGACCCAAAAACCCACUGGGCCAAAGAAACAGAGGCACCAGGAAAGGGUUCAAAGCACCAUCAGAGACCAGAGACAGAGUCAGCGGAGCAGGACCUGAAUUGUCCUUCUGAUACACGAGGAAGAGACCCAAAAAACAAGACCCAGGUCUGCAAUGCCCCUCAGCGAGACCCCAACCACAGCAAGACCCAGAAGCUGCUGCCUCCACAGCAAGGUGCAAGCCCCCGUUGGGAUCCCAAGCCCUGGGGAACACACCAUGACCCGGCUUUCCAUCAGCUCCCUGAAUCCAAGGUGGUGGAGCAGGAGCACAACAAGGUAGAGCCUUCAUCUUGUCCAGCACAACAGCAACAAGAUGCUCAUCGCCAAAGACAACCUGCUAUAGAGCAACAGCUCCUGCAGCCUCUCUAUCCGUGGCCACUACAGCAGUAA